AUGGCCAUGGAUGCAGAGAAAGCUCGAGCUCAUGGACCCAUUGCUUCAGAAAUAUUCUCAUUUACAUCUCGCGAUGUUAUCUUGUACGCUUUAGCAGUUGGAGCAAGUGCUGAAGAUCAAUUGCAAUAUUUAUAUGAAAAACAUGAUGAAUUUGCAACGUUGCCGACAUUUGUCGUUUGCCCUGCAUUGAAAGCAACUUUAACAGAAAUUGAAAACUGGCCAGGUGUCGCAUUUGAUCUCAAAAAGAUAUUACAUGGUGAACAGUACCUGGAAGUGUACGGUCGAUUGCCUACGGAAGGUAAAUUACGUUCGGAAGUAAGUAUUCCAGCAAUAAUUGAUAAAGGCAAAGGUGCACUUAUUAUUGCAGAAGUCUUGACAUAUGACGACGAAGCAAAUAUUAAAGUUGCAAAGCAACAGAUCACCUUGUUCCAACUUGGUGCAGGUGGAUUUAAUGGCCCAAAAACAUCGGAAUGUGAGAUACCUUGUCAACCGACACCACAGCGUGAUCCUGACUUUGUUAUUGAACAAACAACGGAUGUGUCUCAGGCAGCUUUAUAUCGGCUUGCUGGAUGGGACAACAAUCCUCUUCACAUUGACCCUAAAUUUGCUGCUAGCUUCGGUUUUCAAAAGCCAAUUUUGCAUGGACUUUGUACGCUAGGAUUCUGCGCGCGACACAUUUUGAAAACAUUUGCGGGUGACUGUUGUGAAUAUUUCAAAUCUAUAAAGGCUCGUUUCACUAGCCCUGUGUUGCCAGGACAAACGCUUCGAACAGAAAUGUGGAAAGGAGGAUCAAGAAUAUAUUUUCAGGCUAAAGUAAAAGAAAUAGACAAAAUAGUCAUAGCAAAUGGUUAUGUUGAUCUUCAUGAAAUACCAGGAAAUGUGAACUACGAAGUAGAAAAUGCAAAGGCCAAAUGUGGGUUGCUUAGUGAGGAUCUUGAUUGA